CUGACAGUUCUUGUAUUUUUUCCUCACAGGUGGAGCCAAGGUUCCCCAUUCUCUGGCAAAAAUGAAGGCGCUCACACUUCUUUCCCUGCUUGGCUGCCUGAUCACAGCAAACAAAGCAAAAAUCUUUAGCCGAUGUGAAUUAGCCUAUAUGCUUCACGAAGAAGGGCUGGAUGGGUACGAGGGUUACAGCCUUGCCAACUGGAUCUGCAUGGCAUUCUUUGAGAGCGGCUUCAAUUCGGCAGCAGAGGACGACAAUGCAGAUGGCAGCACGGACUAUGGCAUCUUCCAGAUCAACAGCCGUGUCUGGUGCAACAACUACAGGAGCCCCACUGAGAACCUCUGCCACAUACCCUGCACUGACUUGCUGUCAAAUGACAUAACGGAUGACAUCGUCUGUGCCAAAAGAAUUGUGCGAGACCCACAAGGAAUGGAUGCCUGGGAGGACUGGACAAUGCACUGCAAAGGGCGAGACCUGUCUGAGUGGGUGGAUGGAUGUGACCUGUGAGAAAGUCACCAGCCUGGCUCUGCUAUGACUAUGUUUUCCUGAAAAAGGAGUGUUUCUUUUCCCUGGGCACUUCUGGCAGUUAGUGUGUACAAACAAUCCAUUCCACAAACCAAUAGGAAAAACAAAAAACAACAACAAAUACUAAUUUAAAGAAUUUUUUUAAUAAAUGGAUUUAUUAAUUUAAAAGAAAUCAGCUCAGGACUUUAGUUUCACAUACUAUUUAGGACUCAACUCCAGAAGAUUUUCCUGAACUUAGUUGUAUGUGAAACAGCAAGUGGAAGGUGAAGUGGCUGAUAGGCAAGGUUCUGGAGCUGCAGUUAUAACUGGUUAAAAGGGGUUUCCAGAAACUGCUGAGUGCUUUGGGGUUUUCAAAGAGGGCAAACUGGAGAAGCUGAAAGGUGUAUGAACUUGUCCACAGAGAAUGUAUAAGAUUUACCUGUAUACUAAAGGGUGCAAAAUACAUGCCAUGGUCUCACUGGGAGCUGGGCAAAAUUUGUAAGUAUUUGCUAAUCAAAAUGCUGAGCAAUUCAACACUGUCAAUAUCACACACAUUCCCACUGAAAUGCAGAAAAAUGUACAAUAAGUAUGAAAUCAAUUUCCAAGUGGCUGAAAAGAUAAAUAAAUGCUGCUGUAAUCCAAAGUUUAGAAAA